CACGUAAUCUACUGUGAACGAAUGGUCAUAUUUCGUUUUCUCGUCCUGGUCUUAUCGGGCAGACCGACGAAAAAUCUUGCCUUGUCGGAUGCACGACAACGUCGUCGUGCAUCAAUAAUAGACUCGCGAUGGUGGUAAGGUCGACUUCACUUGGCUUCGAUCCAUGCGAUUGUACUUCCAGCGGAAUGUGUUGGUUACCGUGUUUUUGCAUCAACAUCAUCGAGGCGAUCGACCUACUUGUAGUGCAAGAUGAAACUCCAAAAGAUUGUCCAGCUAGCUGCGGGUACUACCAAUUCACUGUUCAAAAUAUCAGUCUGCCUCGAAGAGAGCUGAAAGAGUAGCUGAACUCAAGUGGGCUGACCAUGAGCAAGGCAAGGUCGAAAGGCAGCGUCAGCACAUUCGCAUCGGCCAUCAGCGGCGGUCGUCACUUCUCACUGUCGAAGAACAAAGCCAGAGUUUACUGCGUGAACAAUGAGUACGCAGAAGCUAAGGCAACGACCAAGGAAGAGUCGACACUUUUCACUGCAAAGAGGCUACUACUUGGUGUAUGGGUGUGUGUGGGGCUGGUGCCAUUGUUCUUGCAGGCCCGAAGCUACAUCAAGUUCGUGACACCACACAAGAUUACCCAGGACUUGGUCGUCCCGCAUGGCACUGUUGGUGAGACGAGUAAUCUCGGGAAACUCUGCCCUGUUGAAGGAUUGAUGGUGGCUGGGGCAUGGUGGAAUGUUGGAGUAACUCAUUCCUACAAUAAAUCGACUGGGCGAGUCUGCCACUUCGUCGUGCCGCAGUAUAAUAUCCACGGAGCAUAUCGCUUAGGAACCGAGCGAGUAGCUCCGUCGUCCACAACUCCAGCGAGCUGUUCAGGUGAGAGUUACGAAUUCCGACACUACUUUUACCAUGGAAGCAUUGGCUACUACGGAUUCUACGAAGAAGCAUCGGGAACGUACUGCGCAAAUGAUCUGACAUUACACAUACGUUACGUUAGGGUAAACGGGCUCGGUACGUACGAUAGUAAUGGAGUGUGGCUUGCCGACGAUACCGGGGAUUUAACCUACAGGCGGUCGUAUUGGUACGGAUUCUUCGGAGCAAUCUGGAUCGCGUACCGUUCCAUACUGAUGCGACGCAGCUACAUCUCAUGCAAGCGGUACGGGAGAAGAUGCGACCACCUGCAAGAGAGAAUUCGAUUCCAAGACGCAGUUGUGUACGUUCAAGAGAGUCUGCGACUGUCGGCACAUGGUGCGAGAAACUACCAUCGUGCGGCGCUGUUAUACUUACUUGUCGAAGGUCUGAUGAGCGACCUCUUCAUGCUAAUCGCUCAAGACGGGCUUUUUGCGAAGGUGCAGUAUAUUUCGCUGGGGUACAAUUUAUCAGGAGUGCUCUCGAUGCUGUUCGAAAUGAUCGAAAGUAUGCACUGGCUGGGAGAAAAGACGCGCUGCUUGGUCAAGCGCCUUUUGUUCAAUUACGAGACGUCCAUGAUGGGCGAACUCCUCUGUGCGGGGGUGAUGCAGUAUUAUCUCACGUCACUUAACCGAUCUAGCCUCAAGCAUUCGAAAGCAACAGCUGAAGCAGUCUCGCAUUACGUGUGGAGUUUGGUAGGGCACGGAAUUAUUGUCCUUGGAAUUGUUGCUGCUAUCACGUCUGUAAGGGCAACCGGAGCACUCAUUACAAUUCGACGGACUUUUGGUUCUUUCAAGGUGCUCACAGCUCCAUGCUGUGUUGACACAACACUCGGAGUUCGCUCCAAAAUGAUACUUUUGGGCGGAUAUGUUUGGGAGGACGAUAAACUCAGCUACAAGGUCGAGACUCUGAAGUCUUUCGGGAUUAUGAAAAUGCUGGAAGAAGACGACACACAAUUUCUAGUUCUCAACAAACUCCACUGGGUAUCGAGCCCUCGACACGAUUCUGUAGUUAUUGGGGAAGUCCAUGGCCAAAAGGUAACACCUUGCACCGAGCGACCGUGUACGGGGAUAGUGAGUGUCUUUGAAUACUCGCUUGGAGGCCCGGUAUGAACAGUGUUCAUAGAACACACCAUAGCAACUAAACACUUUUACGCGAUUGUACUCGUAACGUAACAACAAAAAGGUAUUUCUUGAAGCCCACAUGCCACU